AUGAACUCAUUGUCGCGAGUUGGUUUGCCUAGACGAUGCGCCCAGCUCACACCUAUAUACACCCUCGUUCAAACCCUCUGUCCUCGCUCGAUACAGCAUUUGCGAUUCAAUUCAACCAUGGCGAAUACCUCCGACACCCCACCCAGCCUGGUGGAAUUUAAGGGGACCCAAUACCAAGCGGUGAAAGAAGGACUGGCUACUAUUCUAAACCCUCCUACACAAGCGGCUGCCUCGAAAGGCACCAAGAAAAACCUGAAAGAAGACGACCAAGUCCAAUCCGUGUUUUACAACCCAAUUCAACAAUUCAAUCGCGACCUGAGCGUUCUGGCCAUUCGCGCAUAUGGCGAACAUCUGCUGGACUACAAGAAACAGAAAGCGGACCUUAAAUUGAAGAGACAGGCUGGCAACGGGGAAAAGAAGCGGAAGCGCGAGGACGAUCAAACCGAAAACCCGAGACCUGCCCCAAAGGCAGAUGACAACGCUUCUUCGGAAUCAAACCAGACACAGCUUCUCCCAGAGCAGCCUCUCUCUGCAGAGAAAUCGGCUGCCCCCGUUCCACCACCCGCCCCUCAAUUCGCUAUUCUAGACGCCCUCUCCGCAACGGGAUUGCGCGCACUCCGCUAUGCCUCCGAAAUCCCAUUUGCUACCAAGGUGGUGGGCAACGACUUGUCCGAGUCUGCAAUCAAGUCAAUGAAGAACAACAUCGAAUACAACGAUCUUCAAACCAUUCAGCCCAACUUGGGAGAUGCGAGAGUCUACAUGUAUGAGAACGCAAGCAAAUUCGACGUAAUUGAUUUGGAUCCCUACGGUACAGCGUCUCCUUUCCUGGAUGCUGCCAUCCAGGCUGCUAAAGACGGUGGCUUGCUGUGUGUCACCUGUACCGAUGCAGGCGUCUGGGCCUCCACCGGCUACUCAGAGAAGGCCUUCUCGUUAUAUGGCGGCAUUCCUCUCAAGGGAAACCACUCCCACGAGAGUGGAUUGAGAUUGAUUCUGAACUCUCUUGCGAUGUCUGCAUCCAAAUAUGGAAUUGCUAUUGAGCCCUUGCUGUCGCUUUCAAUCGACUUCUACGCCCGUGUCUUUGUUCGAGUCCAUAGGUCCCCUGCACAGGUCAAGUUCAAUGCUGGCAAUACUAUGCUUGUUUACAGCUGCGACGCUGGCUGCGGCGCCUGGACAACCCAGUACAUUGGCUCUACUAAGAGCAAGACCGAUAAGAAUGGAAGGCCUAUCUACCACCACGGCAUCAACAAGGGUCCCUCGUCUGGUCCUCAGUGUGAGCACUGCGGCACCAAGACUCACAUCGCAGGGCCUAUGUGGGGUGGCCCACUGCACAACCCUCACUUCGUACAGAAAAUCUUGGCUAUGCUCCCCGGAGCUGAUCAGGAAACAUAUCAGACGUGUCCCCGCAUCGAGGGCAUGCUGACUACCGCCCUAGAGGAAGAUCUAGAUCUGACAUCUAAAGCGGACGCAUCCAAGCCAACAGAUGCCACAGAGAAGGAGACCCAGACAGAGACAAAGAACCAACAAAACCCUGACUAUCCCGCGAUCGUCCCUCGAAUGGACGUUGCCCUUCGAGAACCAUACCCCUUCUAUUUCUCACUCAGUGCGGCUGCCAAGGUUCUUCACACCACCACCAUUCCCAUUGAUGAGUUCCGUGGAGCCCUCAGCAAUCUCGGAUAUCGUUCCACUCGCUCUCACACGAAACCAAACUCCGUUCGCACCGAUGCUCCCUGGGAAGUAAUUUGGGAGGUGAUGCGCGAAUGGGUGCGACAAAAAUCGCCCAUCAAGGAGUCUUCCUUGAAACCCGGAACUCCUGGCGCCGUGAUUAUGGCCAAGAGCCGUGACAACUUGCGCAAAUUGGACGACCAAGAUCAAUGGCUCUCCCUCUUGAAGCAGGAUUUGCUCUCUGCUGUCGACGGUGGUAGAGAUGUGACUGACUUGGUCACCAAGGUUGAGGCAGCCCUUUACCGCUCUGGGUCGCGCAACUCACAGCGUGCGACUUCGACUUCCCAGCGCGAAGAAACUGCGCAGCCUUCGGCUGAACAAUCUGCUGCCCCAGCCAAGCGAACUCACCCCAGUGCCCUGGAGGUGGUCUUUGAUGCCGAGCUUGGCCGUGCGGUCUCUGCCACGCAUACGACAAAGCGUCUCAUGCGCUACCAGCUUAACCCCCGUCCUAAUUGGGGCCCCCUCAACCGCGCGGGUCGUUCCUGA